AUGGUGGUUUUGAAUCCCAACAAUUGGCACUGGGUCGACAAAAAUACUCUUCCCUGGACCGAGCGGUACAUGGAAAAAUUGGAGAUCGAAUCCGAGAAAUUCCGCAUCUUGCGAGUGGAACAGGUGUCUGGCGACUCAAACGUGUCUCAAAGGAAGGGUAAAGUGAUCUGUUACUUUGAUUUGAACCUGGGGUUCCAAGUCGAAGUUCUGGAAGAGGAUCAGCAAGUAAGUGAGGGCAGAGUCACGGUGCCGGAAUUCAUGCACGAUGAACAAGAUUUUUUAAUUCAAACGGAAGGUUUUGGUGGCCAUAGCAGGCUGGUGGAACAAGACUUUGUUCCUUUGCUGCGUGCCGCUUUGUGCCGGUAUCAAGAUGCCCUCAUUGCAGAACACAGCACAGACCUGCAACAGUAG